CAAGUUUCCAUUCCAAUUUGCAACUAUCCGUUUUACUAAACUUGGCUUAAAAUGAAUGUGCCGACGAAGUAGGUAGAUCUCUUCAGCCAAUGUUGUCUUUCCUUGUUGACCGGUGACAUGUAGUUUGAUCUUUUUAAACCUUACAUGCCGGUGAUGUGUGUUGAUUCUGGUUGAUAGUAUUUUUCUUUUCUGCAUGCUGGUGUACAGUCGGCUUAAUUUUAACCGGACAUGACUGCGGUGUGAAUAGAUUCUUCUUAAUAUUGUUUUCCUUUUUUCUUGAAUGCUGGUAAAAGAUUUGAUGUAGGAUUUCAGCCUAACAUGACAGCGGUGUAGAUAGAUCCUUUUUGCCACUGUUUCUCUUUUCUGUAUAGUGGGGAGAAAUUUGAUAUUCAAUUUUAGUCUUUCAUGACGGCAGUGUAAAUGAAUUCUAUUAAUGCUUCUUCUUCUCCGUGGAGCUACUAUUUUGCUUGUGUGUUGUUUUGUUUUGUAGGUUUUUACUUUCAAUUGUGAUUUCGAUUUGUUGUAAGUUUCCGUUUUACUUCUAUUGUUUUGUAGACUAUCUUCAUGAGUAUUGGGUUUGUCCGUUGCAGGUGCUGUCCUCGGUGGAUGGGCGGUGAUGUGGGCGGUCGGCGGUCCGGGCUGCUCUUCAACGUGGUGGGCAACGUCCUUGGACUCCUGGCGUCCGGCGCGCGGUGGUGCGGGCUGUUCUUCUACCUGAUGGAUGUCAUCCUCAGCUUGGCAGGUGAUGUCGUCCGGCUCGUCUUGGCAUUCUGCGGGCGGUGGUAUGGGCUGUCCCUCUACGCCAUGAAUGACGUCCUCAGCUUGGCGGGUGGUGUCGUCCGGCUCCUCUCGGCGUUCUGCGGGGUGCGGUGCGACCUCAGUCUUGACAUUCUUGGAUGAUGCUCAUCUCUAGCACAGGAAGGGUGGGGUUGUGGUCCUCAGUCGGCGGCAAUUGUUCUAUGAUAUGAGAUGCGGGCGUCCGGACCUCUGGAACAGUGGUACAUGGGCGUUUCUCCCACGCGAACUCCUCCGUCUCUGAAAUCGCUGAUGUGGCCUCCAGGAUGCGGUGUGGUUCUUCCAUAAUUUAUUGGAUGAUACAAUGAUGCGAGUGCAGUGAAACGUCCGCGAAUAUGUGAGGUUAUGUGAAAGAUUACAAAUGAAUGAUGAUCAAAAGUUGAGAUAGUGUAAAAAAUUCGUUCAAUGAAAAAAUACAAAAGUGUGAUUCAAUAAUGUGUUCAGUGAUGAAGUGAAUCAAAUUAGCAAUAUCGUUGACAUAAAACGAUGUUAACAUAAAGGAUACACAAUGGAUAAUUAUGCGGUAACGCAGGUACGUCUCUUAUAAUUUAUUACUCUUAUUAUUAUUAUAAAUAUUUUACUCUUAUAAGUUCUCGCCGCAAUUCUAUAUAGGGCUAGUAUUCUUCGCAAAAUUUUAUAUAAAAGCAGUGAUGCUCUGCUUGAAUUAUUCCGCAAUAUAUCCGUGAUUUAAUUUUACUUCCCUCUUUAUGCUUUAAAAAAUUUUAAAAAAUAUAAAUGACUUCAAUCCUCUUUUCCAUAAAUUUUUUAUAAAUUGUUUCAGUAUAGACCUAAUACUCUUAAAUAGUAUGACUUCUCUUAUGGUAUUUCUUAUACCUAUGACUUAUAGUAUGACCAAUUCUCGAAUAACAUAACACCGUGAUAAAAUUCUGAGUUCGAUUUUUUCUCUAAAAAUUCAUCAAUCAAUAAAUUUCUUUUCUGUUAAAAAAAUUGGGUAUGGUACGACUUGUUAUUUUAUACAACAGUGAACAGUUAAUAUUAAAUUUGAAGAAAUUCACAACCAUGAAUUUUUCAAAAAAUUUUCCCGUUGUCAGCGCUAUAGUAUACUGAGCAAUUAAAUAAUCCUCGUAGUCGAUUAUCCACCUCUUCAAUGCCUAUCACUGUUGGGCGCCAAAUCAUGUAAAGCGGUAUUUUACUCGCCUCACAUAUGUAUAAUCAUGUAAUGCUGUAUUUAAAUGCCUCACGUUGGGCCGGCAAAUCAUGUAGUGCGUUUUUUUUAACGGCUUCACACAUGUAGGGAGAAUCUUGUACUGAAUCAAUGGUGUAGGGGCUAUAAAUUUUGUAAUUGCGUGUGUGGACGCUGAGUGUACACCAGACUGAUUGAUUCACUACAAGAUUCAAUACAAUUGUCGGAAUCGCGGGAGGCCUAAACGCUCGCUCACCCUUGAUUCUUCUAAUGACAGAUUGUAUAAUGAUGAAAUUUUUAUAAGUAGUGUAGCGACGCUAAACACUGAAUACGGAUACCUUAAAAUUAUUACCUGUGAAGAAUGAGCAUACAAAAUCAUACAGGUCGAGCAAAAAUCCCAAUGUAGAUAAUUUACGGGACUGCGUCUCUAAUAAGUUCUGAAGGAUUAAAAUACGGUAUUUGGACCAAAUAUCGUUCAGAAUAUACUUCGAGAACAGAGUCUUGUCGGGUUUUAAGCUCUAUUGUAGGAAUUUAUAUGAUCUCUGGCUGCAUCUGCUGUACAAUUGAUGUGUUCGCUCCUAAAUCGAGGUUGGUAACAGAUAAAAGCUGAUAUAUGAGCAGGUAAGGAUAAAGAAUAAAUAUCUCGAUCUGACCCCACUCGCUACAUCCACUUAGACCUGUUCCAAUAUCCAGCUUAAUUCAAUUAUUCCAAUGAUCGUAUUCGAUCGGUUCUUGAUGAUAUAGAACGUAUCAGACACAAUAAUUGACAGGCUUAAGAAAUAAUCGAACUCAGAAAACGAAUUAACAAAACUGGAAUAUAUUAUAAUAAAAUAUAUGAUCAUACAGUGCAGAUUCGGAAUUUGAUUUACAGAUCGAUAAUAAUUUAGCAUUGACAAAAAGAGUUAAAAAUGUUCUUGUGCUUGCAUGAUACCAUGCGUGAUUCGACAGAAUUUUACAAUUGAUAAAGUUUAACAGUUUUGAAAAAAUAGUGAAAAAUGAAUUAUAAAAAAAUAUUUUUAAAAAGGUUCAAGGUCGUGGUUCUGGCAGCGGAGGAUAGCUAAUCAACUACAAGUUCUUAGAAAUUCUACAUGAAUAAAUUCUAGGCUCUUAAAUGCUAAAGCGCUUGUCGGCGUGGCCAAUAAUUUAACGAAGAAAAUUUUAUGUUUUUCUGCACUGAAAUAUUUUCGAAGCGUAGAUUGGGGCCCCUUUAAACUUAUAACUCACGUGAAAUUCCUUGGUGGUCGUGGUUUUCUUCUUUGGAUCAAAAAUCGUUUGAUCGGCAGCGGGUCCAGGCUUCGGUUUCAGCACGUGGGGAAUUUUAAUUUAAUAUUUCCUUCACCAAAUUAAUUAAGGGAUGAUUUAACUUUAAACUCUUCAAUUUAUCAAUUGAUGGAAAUAAAUUUACAAAUAACAGAUAUAUUGGCCUAAAAUAUUGGCUCACAAAUAAAACAUAUAAAAUCAAACAAGAAUUUUUUACGAAUAGGUCUUGGUAACUAUAAAGAGAUCUGAACGGUGAGGAUUUCAAAAGGGAAGUGCUGUCUUUUUCUCUCAGCUUCUUGGCUAGACCUUUCUUCUGAGAAUCUCGAUGUAAUAAUUUGCAUGAAAAUUUGCCAUUGGUAGAACGAUUGUGACGUAGACGUGACGUCAGUGGCAGGCAGUAGAAUAUAAUUCCUUUAAUUACAAUAAUAAUUCAAUUUAUGUGAUUCUUAAAACUGCUUAAUCUUCUAGACAUAGUUCCUCUCAUACAAUGUACAUGUGCUAGCGUAUAUAAUAAGGCAGGUUUGUUGUCUGAUAGUAGAUUAACAUGUGUUGCUUUCAAACGAUCACCUUUUUGGUGCUAUUUUUAUGCACUAUGAUUGGCUUAGGCUUGCCAAAGAGAUUUAAUUAUCAUGUGGUUCAGUUGAAGUAACCAUUAAUAAAUUAAUAAUCUUAUACAAUUUUUAUUAUGUCUGAGACUGUUAUAAUUUAUUUCUGCAGUUUUACCAAUAAUAUAAUUUCAUGCUAUGACCUAGUUAGUUACAAUAAGACUUGACAUAUAAUAUAAUUUCUUAAGUAAUAAAUAAUUUCAACGAUAAUACAUACAUUUUAUUUUUUUAUUCGAAAUUCUUGGUCCUUUAUUGAUAGUUUUAUAAUUUUUAGGAAUGAUAUUAUACCUUGCAUGAAAACCGGCAUGACAUUUGACAAUACUUUGAAUCAGUCAGCUGCGUUCGAACUGUUUUAAAACAUCUGAUCGAUAGUAAACAAAGUGUAACCUCAAAAUCAAUGAGCAAUUCAUAAAUAAUUCGUGCUUUAUUUGCAGAAUAAUUAUAAUUUUAUUGAAUAAUUUUCUAGAAAAUAUUCGGUACAGAACGGUACUCUUAUCUAAUAUACAGUUACUGAUAAGUAAGCUUUAUCGCUCGGUCGCUAACUAUUCCUUUAGCAAAUUCUUUCAUUUUAAAAGGUAAUCACAAUUUUUCUCUCUUCUCAUGAGAUCUAUUUAAAAGAUUCAUCACA